GGGAUUAAAACGUUAUUUCUAAAAAAUCCGGUAAUGACCCAAGUGCAUGACUCUCCGCGGAAAAGUGCAAAUCAUCACUGGACAAGCGACUGGACUUCAAUUUUAGCAAUAAAAUCGUUCACCAUGAAGUCGCCGUCGCAUCAUACCAGAUCGGUGGAACGAAUUCGGAAGAAAGUUUCAGUGAAAAUGACAGAAACCGAAGAUAGGCUACGGAUGCGUCGUGGCUCCAGUAUGUCUGACAUCGAUAAAAUUGCAUUACCAGGAAAUAUUCCCGAUUUAGUGAGAUCCUCAACAGCUAAUCAUAAAUUGUCUGCCAGUCCGGCUUCAGUGCCUCACAGUCCUUAUAUGUCCAGAUCCUUGUUAAGCAGUACUACAACAGUGAGUGUCCGUGGAAGUAUUGGUGACCUAAUGAAUCAAAAAAAAUACGGUAGUAGUCAGUGGAGUGUACGAAGUGAAACUUUAAUUGCUAAAACAGUGCCCUUGUCAACGGUAACACCAAGACAGUCACCACCUCCAGUUGACGACUUUUUACCCAUUCCUCCGGAAAUUACAUUCAAUGAUGAUGGUGUCGAUGGGCCGUUGACAUCAGCUCAGAGAACUCAGCGUUUGGCGCACCUUCUGAAAGAACGGAAAGCUUAUUUGGUUGCAAAAGCAAAAUACUAUAACUAUUGCCGUGCG